CCAAAUUAAAUUUGGAUUUAUCAAAACAAUGUGAAAAUUUUUGUUCUUUGUGCCCAAUCAAAUAAACCCAAAUAUAUCAAAAAAGUGUCUCCAAUGGAGUGAGUGUUCUUCUGCUACUCUCUUCUCUCUCUCUCUCUCUCUCUCUCUAGGAGAUAUUUUGACGAAUUUCAAUCUGGUUUCUUUCACUUCUUCACUCAAAUUCAUUAUUUAUUUUCAGAAACCAAUCUCAUUUCUCACUUUCAAAGCUAAAGUUUCGAUUUUUAAUUUUAAUUUUUUUUUUCUAAACCCUAAAAUACUAAAUCAUCAUUACCUGAGAACAACGUAAGCCGAUUUCUCAUCUCCGAUUACCGCCAGUCAGCCCCAUCGAAGAGAUUUCCAGUAGUGAGUGAAAAGCUUGGGCAGAAGGGUAAUGGCAGACCUAGAAAACUUGUUGUUGGAGGCAGCAGGAAGAACGAAUUCAGGAGGGAGAAACCGACACUCGCAUCAGCAUCCUCCUCAGUCUAGAAGACGGCGUGAGGAUUCAUAUUCUGAUGGGGGAAGUGACUCUAGGGAUGAUGAUGAUUCGGAUGAUGAUCGUGGUGGCGGUUAUGCAAGUAGAAAGCCUUCUGGGGCUCAAGUUCCUUUAAAGAAGAGGUUGGACCCUUCAGAAAUGGAUGAUGAUCAAGGUAGCGAGGGAGAAGGGGAAGAUGAUGAUGAUCGUGGUGGUUCUGAUCGCGAAGGUGACAGUGAUGAAUCUGAUGUUGGUAGUGAUCUUUAUAAGGAUGAUGAUGAUAGGAGAAAGCUUGCUGAGAUGACUGAACUUCAAAGAGAAAUGAUUUUGUUAGAUAGAGCAUCUAAGAAAGAGGAUAAGAAUUUAAAGGAGAAAUUGAGACCGAAAUGGGAUAACAAAGGGAAGAUCCCGCAAUCUAGGAAGGAGACUGCUCCUUUAUCAUCGUCUCGAAUUCGCUCAUCAGCUAGAUCUGCUGACAGGGCAGCUGCAAAAGAUGAUGCUUUGAAUGAGUUACGAGCAAAACGCUUGAAGCAACAAGACCCUGAGGCUCACCGUAAACUUAGGGAUAGGGAUACAUCGUCGAGAGGAAGCUCGGGAAAUAAGAAUUUCUUGAACAACAAGAGGAAAUCUUUCACAUCAACAACAAGUUUGAGUAGCUCAAGUCAGAGUGACAGUGAUCGCCAAUCUCGAAGCGAUGAUGAAGGCUCUACAGGUGAUGGUGGAAUGGACAGUGAUGAUGAGAGGGGAUCAGACGGGGUAACAUUCGAAGAUGUUAAGGAUAUCACAAUUCGGAGAUCAAAACUUGGAAAGUGGUUUAUGGAGCCAUUUUUCGAGGAAUUGAUCGUAGGUUGCUUUGUUCGGGUUGGUAUUGGUAGGUCAAAAACCGGGCCAAUUUACAGACUUUGUAUGGUUAGGAAUGUUGAUGCAACCGAUCCCGAUAGACAGUACAAACUAGAGAAUAAAAACACUCAUAAGUAUCUGAAUUGUGUUUGGGGGAAUGAAAACUCUGCAGCCAGGUGGCAGAUGGCGAUGGUUUCUGACUCUGCUCCGAUCGAGGAAGAAUUUAAGCAAUGGGUUAGGGAAGUUGAGAGGAGUGGCGGUCGAAUGCCAACUAAACAAGAUUUGUUGGAAAAAAAGGAAGCUAUUAAAAAGAUCAAUUCUUUUGUGUACUCAGCAGCUACUGUGAAGCAAAUGUUACAAGAGAAAAAAUCAGCCUCGUCGCGACCAUUGAACGUUGCACUCGAGAAAGAUCGGUUGAGAAGGGAGUUAGAAGUUGCACAAAGCAAGAGUGAUGACAUAGAGGUGGAGAGGAUCAAGACAAGAUUGGUGGAAUUAGAAGCAUCUCGGAAAGUAAAAGAGAGUGAUGCUAAGGCUAUUAGACUAGCCGAAAUGAAUAGAAAGAACAGAGUUGAGAAUUUCAAGAAUGCAUCUGAACUCAAACCUAUUAACCAAUCUUUGAAAGCUGGUGAAGCUGGUUAUGAUCCCUUUUCGAGAAGAUGGACAAGGUCGAGAAAUUAUUAUGUUUCCACUCCUGGUGAGGCGAAAGGGGAAGAAACUGAAGCGAUUCCUGUUAAUAAAACAGUACCUAAAGUUGCAGCAAGUAAUGGUCGAGGUGGUGCAGUUUUACCAACAGAUUUCGGGUUGGAAGCUACUGCAGCAGCCUUGGAAGCUGCAGCAGAUGCUGGCAAGUUGGUUGACACGCUCGCCCCUGUGGAUCAAGGGACAGUGACGAACGUGCUGCACAACUUCGAGUUGCCAAUCUCACUAGCUAUGCUUCAUAAAUUCGGUGGACCACAAGGAGCUCAGGCAGGAUUCAUGGCAAGAAAGCAGAGAAUAGAAUCAACAGUCGGUUGUCAAGUCCCCGAAAAUGAUGGACGGAGACAUGUGCUGACUUUGACUGUUAGUGAUUACAAGAGAAGAAGAGGGCUUCUUUAAAACCGAAAAGGGAGUGAAAACGAAUGCUGCAAAUCGAUCGGUGAGCCUGUUAUGCAACUCUUCCUUGUUUAUUUGAUGAUCUUUUUAGUCUCUUUUCAUACAUUAUUGUAAUUGUAAUAACAAAUCUUGGAGCUGCAUUGUGAUGAUGAUGAUGAUGAUGAUGAUGAUUGAUAGUCAUGGUGUUAUGUUUUUCACAAUAAUAAAAAAAAGAAAGUCCUUUGUUGUA